AUGGAACAACACUUGUCACAUUUUGGUAUGUGGAAGAAUUAUACUAUAUGGACGGAACACGGUGAGGUGGAGGAAAAUAAUCCUACACUAGCGGAAUUUCGAGCAAGUUACAUUCAUGAAGUUGGGUCAUCUAGUGGUACUGCCGACCCUUCUAUAUACCCCGCUAUGAAUAUGCUACAUGAUGUUUUCCCGUAUGCUUUAAGAUAUGAAGAAGAGGCAAUUGAUGAUGAUGCCCCCAAUGUCAAUGAGCCAGUUGACAUGUCUAAUUAUGAGAAGUAUAGCAGGCUUCUCGAACAAGCCCAGACACCAGUGUAUGACGACUGUCCAGUUUCAAUUUUGAGUGUCAUCAUGUCACAAAUGCAUUUGAAAGUAAAGCACAGAACGAGUAAUGGACAUUAUGGAGACUAUUCAAAGUUUAUCAAAACUUUGCUUCCUCCUAUAAAUAGACUUCCUGAGAGUCAUUAUAAGACAAAAAAGAUCUUGGGCGACCUCGGCCUUGAUUAUGUGAAGAUCCAUGCCUGUAAGAAUAAUUGCGUGCUGUUUUACGGAGAUUACAAGGAUGCUAUCUACUGUCCCAUUUGCAAUGGGUCGAGGUAUGAUGAGGAUGCUUCUUCAGAUAAAGGGAAACCUGUUCCUGUGAAGGUUCUUCAUUAUUUCCCGUUAACUCCGAGAUUGCAGCGUCUGUACAUGUCAUCAGAGACUGCAGAGGAGAUGAGAUGGCACGGUCUUCCUAGGGAAGAUGACGGUGUUUUGAGACACCCCUCAGAUGGGGAGGCUUGGAAAUCUUUUGACGCAUCAUUUCCUGAUUUUGCGGAAGACGUUCGAAAUGUAAGGCUCGGACUAGCAACAGACGGGUUCAAUCCUAGCGGCAAUAUGACUCUGUCUCAUAGCAUUUGGCCUGUUAUUUUAAUGUCGUACAACUUACCACCGUGGAUGUGUAUGAAGAAGGAAUAUAAUUUUCUGGCAUUGUUAAUUCCAGGUCCCAAUUCUCCGGGAAAGUGUCUAGAUGUGUAUUUGAGACCGUUGAUUGAUGAGCUAAAAGAAUUAUGGGAAAAUGGAAUCCCCACUUUUGACAGACAUAGUAAAACUUCAUUUAGGAUGAGAGCAGUCGUGAUGUAG